AUGUCCCAGAGUACAAACCAUGAUCUGUCAUUUUCAUCACUACCUCACGAAAUCGUUGUGAGUUGCUUAGCCCGUGUAUCAGGGCUCUGCCUCGUCUCCAAGCAAUUCCGCUCAAUCAUCUUAUCAAACGAGAUCUACAAGGCGAGAUCCCACCUUGGAACUAAAGAGACCCGUCUCUACGUAUGGCUAAAAUUGCCUAGUUGUUGUUAUCCUAUGUUCACUCUUUGGAUAAAACCUAAUCAAACCCUAACCAACGAUGAUGGCACGGUAAAGAAAAAGUCUACUGGAAAUUUACUAGUGCCGUUGCAUUCUUCAUAUAAUUAUCAAGAACUAAUACCCUCUGUGAUAGUUGGUUCAGAAACCUACAUAAUCGGUGGAUACACCUUACGCAAAGCCCCUAGCAUGUCCGUAGCUCGGACCAACGCAGUGAUUGUUGCCCUAUAUCCUAAAAUAUACGUAAUGGGAGGGUGUUCGUCAGAUGAAUCAAUGAAUUGGGCUGAGGGUUUCGACCUUAUGUCGAACUCCUUGUUAAGUAUGGGCUUGUAA